AUGAGGAGUCUCGGAGAAAGAAGACCCUUGAGGCAGCGGCGCAACACAAAUGACCCGGCUUCAAGACGCCAUCACGGUUCAACCAGCCAAUUACAGUCCAGCCAAUCAGAGGCAAAGGGACUCACUCGUCGGCCUGGUUCCCCAGUCAACCUGGCCACAAUGCUGCUUUUUGCCUCAUCCCCUCGGCGGAUCAGUCGGCCGGUCGCAUCAACACCCCUCGGCUAG